AUGCUAAAUACAGCUGCUACAAUCUGCAGUGCCUCUGGAGAUCCUCACUACAACACAUUUGACGGUGCAGUUCACCAUUACAUGGGGAACUGCAGCUACACACUCACAAAACUAUGCGAUGUAUCAUCUAUUGAAUUCCCAUACUUCCAUGUCUACACCACCAAUGAGCACAGAGGAGGCAACACCAAAGUGUCCUAUAUCCAGUCAGUACAUGUAGAAGUGUACAACACUAAUUUCACAUUGCUGAAGAACAAAAAGCUAAAUGUUGAUGGAAAGAGAACAAACCUGCCAACGGCUCUAGAAAGUAGAAUCAGAGUGCACAUCAGUGGCAAUUACUUAAUUUUGGAGACCAACUUUGGGCUACAAGUGAGGUUUGAUGGUAACCAUUACAGUGAUGUUUCUCUACUCUCAACAUUCAAGGGCCAUGUGUGUGGACUUUGUGGCAACUACAAUGACAAUGCAAGAGAUGACUCUUUAAAGCCUGAUGGCAGUAUAGCAUCAGAUUCAAAAGAACUUGGAGAUAGCUGGCUGGUUGACCGAGAUAAUAAAGUGUGUGGAAGUCAAGACAUUGAAAAUUGUGAUCCAAAUCUUGAAGCAGAAUACAGCAAGGAUACAGUCUGUGGCAUUAUAACCGAUACUGCAGGAAUCUUCAAGGACUGCCAUGCUCUUGUGAAUCCUGAUAAUUUCUUUGAAAACUGUGUAAUAGACAUGUGUCUCACUGGUGGCGACUCAAAUUCCCUAUGCUACGCUGUGCAAGCAUAUGCUCAACAGUGUUCAGAUGCUGGAAUAUGUGUUGAAUGGAGAUCGGACACCUUCUGCCCUAUUUCCUGUCCUGCAAGAAGCUAUUAUAAGAGCUGUGGGACUACAUGCCCUGCCACUUGCUUCAACUCUCCACCAGUGGCACCAUGCAAGCUGGAGUCAGUAGAAGGUUGCUUCUGUAAUGACUCUUACGUCCUGAGCGGAGACAGAUGUGUUAAUCAGACUGAUUGUGGCUGUGUUGAUGACAAUAACAACUCUUAUCAGCUUGGAGAAAGUUGGUUCACCUAUGAGAACUGCACACAGCGCUGCUCAUGCAAUGAUAAUAACAGCAUCGUUUGUGAGAAUUGGCAGUGCGGAACCCUGGAAAAUUGCAAGAGGCAGGAUGGAGUACUAGGAUGUCAUUCCUCUGGUAUCACUGCUUGCCACGUGUCUGGAGAUCCUCACUUCUACACAUUUGAUAAAGUCAUGCACAGUUUCAUGGGCACAUGUACAUAUGUUCUGGUGGACAUUUGUGAUAAGAGAAGUGUCAUCCCAUUUACCAUCAAAGGAAAAACAGAGGACCGUGGACAGAGGACAGCAACAUACUUGAAAGAAGUUUACAUUGAUGUUUAUGAUUUCCGUAUCACCUUGCAGAAGGACAGGAAAACUCUUGUGGAUAACACACGCAUCCAAACACCAUGGUCUGGAAAUGUGAAAGGUAUCAGCAUUGGCAAUGUCGGUCUCUACACUGUUGUGACCACAGACUUUGGAAUGAUUGUGAAGUUUGAUGGAAAUCACCACCUGGAGAUUGUCCUCCCUGAUGCUUACUUUGGAAAGGUAUGUGGUAUGUGCGGUAAUUUCAAUACCCAGACAAAUGAUGAGUUACUGAUGUCAAACGGACUUCUAGCAGCCAAUGUUACCCAGUUUGGAAACAGCUGGAAAUCAGAAGAAGACAGCGACAAAAACUGCAUGGAUGAUACGCGAGUUGAUCUUGUUCCACCAUGUACGACUGCUACAAGACCAAACAUUCAGAACCAGUGCAAUGUUCUCCUGACAGACACAUUCAAAGCAUGUCAUAAUCUAGUGAGCGCAGACCUGUUUAUUGAGAGCUGUGUAUAUGACAUGUGCAGAUACAACGGCAUGGUGUCUACCCUGUGUGCUAUUGUCCAAGCCUAUGUUGAUGCCUGUAGAACCCAAGGAGUAAACAUCAAAUGGAGAAGUCCCUCUCUCUGCCCAUUGGCAUGUCCCAAAAACAGUCACUAUACAGACUGUGCGUCCCUAUGUCCAUCUACUUGCACCAACAUCUAUGCUCCAGAUGUCUGCGACAAGCCAACAACCUGUAUGGAAGGCUGCGUCUGCGAUAAUGGCUAUGCUCUAAGCGGUGACCAGUGUGUUCCACUUAAAUCUUGUGGCUGCAGGGAUUCCAAUGAUAAUUACUACAAUAUUGAUGAGAGCUGGAUUACUCCACACUGCACACAGAAAUGCCAGUGCAAGAAGGGCAAUGAAAUCAAAUGUAAAUCAUUCAGCUGUCCACAUGGAGUCUGCAGUGUGAACAAGAAUGGUCAUUACAAUUGCAAACCAACAGGUUUCUCCAAGUGCAACAUUGCUGGUGAUCCGCAUUAUCACACAUUCGAUGGGUUAAGCCAUCACUUCCAGGGGAAGCAGACAUAUAUAUUAGCAAGAACAUCCCCAGAUUUACCCGAUUACAUGGAGCCAUUUAAAAUCGAAGGCAAAAAUGAAGCCAUGUUUCCCUUUAGCCGGUUCAGUCUGCUCAGAGAGCUGCGUAUUGAAGUUUACAACCACGUUAUAUUAUUCAAACAGAACAAGAUAUUAGUGUUGGAUAGUGUGAGAACAGUGCCCCCCGCACGUCCACAUGAAGGAAUACAUAUUUAUCAGAGACCAACAAGAAUAUACCUGGAGACUGACUUUGGUCUUUCUAUCAGCUUUGAUGGCAAAGAAAAUGCAGAAAUUGUCGUGCCAAAUACAUACCAGGAAAUGCUCCAGGGACUGUGUGGAAACUUUGAUGGAAGACGCAACAAUGAUUUUACCACUCCAGAAGGAAGACUUCUGGGUGAUGUAGAAUCAUUUGGCGAAAGUUGGAAUUUGAAGUCACUUACACCAGCUUCAAGAUUCAGGCGUGACACUUUGGUAGCCUUGCAAGAGGAAGAUAUAAUAUUAAACACAGGAGAUAAUUUUGCCUGCUCUGCUUCUGGCCUAGCAUUUAUGAACAGUUCUUCAUUCUGUGGAGUUAUGAGAGACAUCAAUGGCCCAUUUAAAAACUGUAUCCCAUACGUAUCCCCAGAAGACUUUAUUGUGGACUGCAUAUUCGACACCUGUGCUGAGUUCCAGAGCAGGGAAUUACUCUGUAUAAAUCUUGAACAAUACUCUAUUGCCUGUCAGCAAAACGAAACGAUAGUUGAUGACUGGAGACAACUCACUGGUUGUGCAAUAACUUGCGGUAGCAACAGUUUAUAUGCAAACCGCAUGAAUGCCUGUCCAGCAUCCUGCAGCAAUAUGGCAUCUGAGUCUGAGUGUGAGGUACCUUCCUGUGAAGGAUGUCAGUGUAAACAAGGCUACGUUCUUAGUGGUUUUGACUGUGUACCAUAUAUUGAUUGUGGAUGCACCUUCGAAGACAAGUACUACAAGAAAAGGGAAAGCUUCAUCACAAAUGAUUGCUCAAAGAACUGUACUUGCUUAGACACCUCAUCUGUGAUUUGCGAUUCCAUGGAAUGUAAACCCGAGGAGGAAUGCACAACUGCCAAUCAGAUCCUUGGAUGUUAUAUCCCAAGCCCGUGUCUAGAGAAUCCUUGUCAGAAUGGAGGUACCUGUAUGGAGACGCCAGGAGUAGGAAAUGCCACCAGUAUUAGUAGCUGUUUGUGCCCUAGUACUCACACUGGAUUGUACUGCGAGGAUGAAAAGGAAGCAAAUACAGUUGUAAUCUACAUAGUGAUUGGCGUAGUUGUUGGCGUGUUUGUCAUCAGCCUUGUGUUUAUGGUUGCUGCAUAUUUCUACCUCAAAUCCAGAAAACGCAAGAGUAAGUUUUUGGAGUCACCUGAAACCUCUCAGCAUGAAAGAGACAGUGUAUCAGUCCGAUCAAUAAACAUGGCGUAUAAUGAGCCACAAAUCCAAUUGAAUUAUGCUGAGAACUUUAGGGAAGAUGAAGUUCAAGAAAUGCAUGGCAAUGACAAUGUUAAUCUAUAUUUGGAGAAUGAAGAAUGCGGCGCACAAGUUAAUCUAGGAUAUGAAGAUGAUGAUGCAAUUAAUGGACAUGUGAAUGAAACCGAUAAAGUGACUAUAUUUUAAAUUGCCCGAGGCAUUAAAAAUGACAUUUCAGUCUACAUAGGACAUUUCAGAUGUACAGUAUGUGACUUUGCCCAUAAACAAAUAGCUAUUUAUCCAUGAAUUGUGAACAUUGGAAAUGUUUUUAUGCUUUUUGAUUCUGUGUAUGUUAACAUUGUCCCUCUGUAUUGUGAUCACUUGCAUAGUUUUCACCUAAUGAAUGUAUAUAUAUGUUAUGUACUGUAUUUGCACUUUUCCAUCUAUAAUUUAUAAUAUAUUAUCUGC